AUGCAAUACAAAACCGGACUGACGUCGGCCGCUCUCUUGGCAGCCACUGCCUACGCAGCUUCUAACUCUACCUCUUCCGCGAGCGUGCCUUCCUCAUGUUCCAUUUCUUCCGGUGCCACCGCCACCGCACAAUCGGAUUUGGACAAAUUGUCCAGCUGUUCCACCGUGUCUGGUGAUCUAACCAUCGGUGGAAGCAUCUCUUCCGCUGCUUUGGCCAACGUCAAGAAGCUACAAGGUUCCCUAACCGUGACCAACUCGUCCACUUUGCAAAGCUUCGCUGCCGACUCCCUAGAAACCAUCACCGGCUCCUUGGAACUUUCCUUGUUGUACGUGUUGGAGACCGCGUCUUUCGGCGCCCUAGAGGAAGUGGACUCGAUCACCUUUUUGACCCUACCAGCCAUCUCCACCGUCACCAGUAACCUAAAGACCGUCAACUCGUUGACCAUCUCCGACACCAACUUGGAGUCCAUCGACGGUUUCAACAACUUGGAGAGCGUCGAGCAAUUCGACGUCAACAACAACAAGGGUUUGGCCACCAUCGACUCCCAGUUGAAGUCCGUCUCCGACUCUCUAUCCGUCUCCUUCAACGGUGACUCCGCCAACGUCUCCUUCGACAGCUUGGAAUGGGCUAACAACAUCACUUUGAACGACGUCCAAUCCGUUUCCUUCGCUUCUUUGGAAAAGGUCAACGCCUCUUUAGGUUUUGUCAACAACUCUAUUGAGUCCCUAAACUUGUCCCAAUUGGCCAGCGUGGGUGGUACUCUAGCCAUUGUCUCCAACGAAGACUUGACCUCUGUCGAUUUCUCCAACUUGACCACUGUCAGCGGUGGUUUCAUCGUUGCCAACAACACCAAGUUGGCCAAGAUCGAUGGUUUCAGCAGCCUAGAAUCCGUUGGUGGUGCUCUAGACGUUAUUGGUAACUUCUCCGAGCUAGACUUGGGCUCCCUAAAGUCUGUCAAGGGUGGUGCUGAUGUCGAGACCUCUUCUUCCAACUACUCUUGUGAUGCCCUAAAGAAGCUACAAUCCAAGGGUAGCAUUCAAGGUGACGCUUUUGUCUGUAAGAACGGUGCCACCUCCACUUCUAUCCAGUUGAGUUCCACCUCCGGUUCCGACUCUUCAUCUGGCUCUGCUACCGCUUCUGGCUCUUCUUCUGGAUCUGCUACUGCCAGUGCGUCUUCCGCUUCUGCCUCCUCUAAGUCUAAGGCUGCUGGUGCUCAAUUUGCUCCUGCCUCCUCUUUCAUGGGUGCUGUUGCUGCUGUUGCUGUUGCAUUGUUGUAA